AUGAAGCCUCAGAAAUGGCAAGUGAGCGGAAUGGGUGUGAUGGCCGUCGGUCUAUUCAUCACGAUUCUCCUCCUUUUCCAUCAAAUUUCAUCGUCCAUUCAAGAAAGCGUCCAAGUGGAUCCAUCCACAUCUCCGAAUGAUCGAGAUGAGAUUCGUGAUCGUCGUACUUUGAACAGUAAAAAGGAUUGUCUGGACACCGUCCUUUUGAGAUCUUGUCGAAGAAAUUUGAAUGAAACCCAACAAGAACUCGUCGAGGCUCCAGAAAAAUCAGCGGACUCGAGAGGGAAAUCGCAAGAGAGCGGAACGAAACGAAGGACAAAGACGUCGAGA